GGAGAUGUUGAAUUUUUCUUUCCAGACAGGAGAUCCACUUUUACAAACCUGGGAGGUGCAGAUGCAUGUGUCAUAUUACGUAAUCUCGAUAGACCCCGCGAAUCGGUCGCAAUUUUUUCUCGAUUCUUUUAGUGCGGGAACCCUUGAUAAUAUAAUUUUUGAUUUUGUAUGCACCUUUAAGCCGAUCAUUUCAUAAUUUAUUUCUCCCAGAUACCUGUUUCUUCCAAAAUCACCAUAUUUCUACCACAACACCAUUUGGAAUCAUAUACAAAAAAAGAAUAAACAUCAAAAUGGCUCCAUCAGCAACCUCCCCUGCUCCAGAGGAGACUGAGACUACAACUGCUACCAUCCUCAGUUUGCGCAAAACCCUCUGCUCAGAAUCCCAACCCAUUGGUCUCCGAUUCCGCGCCCUCUUUUCCCUCAAACACUUCGCAUGCAUGCCAACUUCACCCUUAAACGUUCCCGCCAUCGAAGCUAUCGCAGCUGCAUUUGCCUCUCCCUCCGCCCUCUUGAAACAUGAGCUUGCGUAUUGCUUGGGUCAAACCAGGAACCUUGAGAGCUCUAAAUUCUUGAGAGGGGUCUUGGAGAAUCAGAAGGAGGAUAGUAUGGUUAGACACGAGGCUGCUGAGGCUCUGGGUGCUUUGGCAGAUAGAGAUUGCUUGCAGUUGCUCAAAGAGAGAAGAGAUGAUCCCAAUGAGCCAGUUGAGGUUAGGGAAACGUGUGAGUUGAGUGUGGAGAAUAUCGAGUGGGCACAUUCAGACGCUGGUAAAGCAGAAAAGUUACGACAAUCGGAUUUCGCAUCUAUUGACCCUGCUCCACCAACUGCAGAAGAAAACUCAGAAUCACUAUCAGUCGAGAAACUUGAGGAAACCUUUUUGAAUACCAAAGUCCCUCUAUUCAUACGAUACAGAGCCAUGUUUGGUCUCCGAGAUCUUGCAUCACCCCCGGAUCUUCCUACCGCCGUCCCCGCUGUUCUUGCCUUGGCUAAAGGUCUCCAAGAUAAAUCCGCACUUUUCAGACACGAAAUUGCUUUCGUUUUUGGACAACUGUCCCACCCAGCAUCCAUCCCUGCCCUUACUGGUUCUCUGAGCAAUUUGGAGGAAGUUAGUAUGGUCAGACAUGAAGCGGCCGAGGCUUUGGGAAGCUUAGGUGAUGAGGCAGGCGUCGAGGAUACACUUAAAAAGUUCUUGAACGAUAAGGACGUGGUUGUAAGAGAUAGUGUCAUCCUUGCGUUGGAUAUGGCGGAGUUCGAGCAGAGCGGAGAGACCGAGUAUGCGUUGAUCCCAGAGAAGGAAGCUGUCGCAGCCGCAUAAGUCUUUUUAUUUUUCCCAAUAAACUCGUCGCAUUUACUUUACUUAAAUAGACGACUGGUGCCAAAGUGCUUGGCCCAUUAAAAUAUCACAAUUUCUUCCUCCCA